GAUAUCGUGAUUAAACUGCAAAAAACGCUUUGGGGCGAGGGUCAAUUUACACAUAAAUAUAUAUAUAUAUCAACCGCCUGGAGGGGACGAUCAGCUGUUUGCCAAGUGUUCUUUCUCAUCCUGCAAUCGCAUUAUACAUAUUAUUGAUACGUAUAUGGAAGAAACAAUUGACUUAUUCACCUAGACUCAUUGAACAAUUGUUGAAUACCCAUCGCCAAUGGAAUCCAAUUCCUCGGUGGAUCAUUUCCACCAUAAUUUCAUGAGGAUAACGAAAGAACUAUUGACACAAACCCAACAGAGGGUCACCGACAAAACGACGAUUGAUUUUUACCUCAGGGAACUGAAUAUCCUAAAUUAUCAGAUGUUCAUCAUUGAGGACGACGACACUGUCAAAUUACUGAUCAACAGAUUAUGCUUGAACAUUCAGGCUCAGGAGACCUCCCUAGUUUCCAACUACUGCACUUUCCUCACUCACCUGCUCCCCCAGGUGCCCCCCCUCGCCGGGAGGACCCUCUCGACCCUGAAGAAGUGGCUCCACCAGUGCCUGGAGUUCUCCUCAUUUCCAGCACUAGUCCCAGCCCUCCUCUCCCUCGAGAAACUCGUCUCAGUAAUCCCCUGGGAGUCGAGCCUCCAGGACCUGGACGUCCUCCUCUCCUCUGAGGGUCUCCUCCCCAGGUUUUUCACUCCCUCGACCCCCCUAGACAUCCAAAACCUCGCUCUGACCCUUUUGGAGAGCCUUUUAGAGAAGAAAAAGGAAAGAAAUUCAAUUUUCCCGCUGAAUCACCUAAUGACCAUAAAAAACCUCGUCAUCUCUAUCCUCUCCUCUCCCCCCAAAGAUGAAGAUUUCGCCCACCUCCACCACUCGAGACUCAUCCUGACAUCCUUAAACAUCCUCACUAGCUUGAUCGUCCAGGGACUACUCUCGAAAUGUCCAGAACUCCCAGGGGAAGCUCUAGGCAUCACUCAGAUCUAUUUAUUCCUGGGAAUUGCUGGGGUUCCUCUCAUUAAACCUGAGGAGCUUCAUCCAGCUAUUAUGAACCUUCCUGAGAGGGUCCAUUUACCUCCAAGGGGGAUGAUUCGAAACCCCAGGCCGAUAACAAAAUCAAAGCACAACAAGAAAGGAAAAUUGAGCAACAAGAACGAGAAGCAGGAGAAAAUAUCGAUGGAUUUGGAUAAAAGAAGAAUCAUCAAGUCCAGUGAUUCAGAGACUUCUGAUGGGGAAAAGUGCUCUCAGGAGAGGAGCAGGAGGAUUCAGGAGAGGAUCAGGUAUCAGGCACUUCAAGUGCUCCACCAAGUGAUGAGGAUGAUGACGAGCAAGAAGAUUUUUGGCUUUUGGUCGCAAAUUGUAACCAAGAGUGAAAAGUCUGGGGAGAGCCGGGGAUUGUUGAGGGUUGUCAUGAAAGAACCGGUGUCCAAAAUCAGGGGGAGUGCUCUGGGUGUGUUGACUGAUGCUGUGGUCGAUGCCAGGAUGUUUCUGGUGCAUGCUGACGAGACUGAGGGCUCCUCGUUCGGGACCAUUUUUGGGACGGUGGGUGGCAUGUUGAGGGAAAUACAUUCGGCCCUGGGGUUCGUACUCAGUGGCGAUGGCAAUCUUGCGGUGGUUACGCAGGCCUUGAAGUGUUCAGCAGCUCUUGUGCAGGUGACACCUUAUGGGAGGAUGAAGGAGGGACUCGCUAGUAAGCUUGCAAGACACUGCAGAUACUUUGUGCUCCACAAGGACCCAACCGUUCGAGUAGUCGCCCUCUCCGUCUUCGAGGGCUUUGCCAAUGUCGAGAACAUGACCCCAGAGAUCGUUGAGAUCCUUUUGAGAAAGGCUGGCGACACAAAUAUCUCGAAGCGCUUGCUCCAAAGCCCCCAAAUCACAUCCCCCCACCCAAAAUCACAAGCCCCAAGUGAAAACGACGAAGAAGAGAUUGACUCUUCCAAUCUCGAAUUCUCUCUGAAUGAUCCUGCAGCCCCAGCAACAAGUGAGCGAGACUCGAGGACUGAAACUCGAGGCGACUCUCGAGAUUCUCCAUUUCUUGUCCAGAUCUGCCUGAACAACAUCUCGGACAAGAGAAUUCACGUACCUGUCAGACUGCAGUCAUUCAAACUACUUGGUGCCCUGAUCAACUGCCUCGAGGGGAUUUUCAAACGUCUCUUGGAUGUUGAGAUCGUCACUAGCCACCUGGUGGAGGCCACUAGCGAGCCUGACCCCCAGGUUGCUCUUCACGCUUGUAGAAUUCUCGAAAUUAUCAGUUCUAAAUUCAGUGGCAUUGAUUCUGAUUCUGAGGGACAAAACCAACUUGCCACCUUUUGGAAUAGCAUUUUUCCUACUGUUCUUAGGGUUUCCCAGAGUGCUGAGACCGGACUGAGAGAAGUCGCUUGCGACUGCUUCGGGACAAUCAGUAAUCAAGUGUUUACACAAUUGUCACUCGACAAGUCCAUAAUAAUCAAGACGAGCCUCUUCGGGGCCUGCAGGGAUCCCGAGUCCGCAGUCCGAGCCGCAGGCCUCCGUGCCCUGGGAAUGCUGAUAAAUCUUUGCUCCCUCGAGGAGGACACCGGCUUCCUAGAGGACCUCAUCGAUAUUGUCUGCACGUCCCUCGCCGACGAGAACCUAGGAGUCAGGGUCAAAUCAGCCUGGGCCCUAGCCAACCUCACAGACUGUCUCAUCAAGAAAGUCAUCAACAACCAACUCGAGCCCCCCCUUCCCCUGGACCUCAUGCUCCCCAAUCUCUAUAAAACAAGUGUCAAAGCAGCCCAGGAUAAUAACAAAGUCAAGUGCAAUGCCCUCAGAGCAGUUGGAAAUCUUGUCCACCUCUCCCAGGGAAAAAACCUCCUGGGGGAUAUUCAACUUGCUCUUGACGUCCUCAUCUCCUCCGCUACCUCUGGAAAUGAUAUGAAGGUCCGGUGGAAUGCCUGCAGGGCUCUGGGCUUCGCCAUAAGUCAUCACCCUGAUGACAUCUUCCCCCAGAACUGGAAGGACGAGGUCAUACCUGCAUUGUGCCAUCUCAUCUGCUACAGUCCCAAUUUUAAGGUUAGGACGAAUGCAGCCUGGGCUCUGGGAUCCUGCAAAUCCUACGGUAAAUACGUGCCAUUUCUGUGGAAAAGUAUUGUUUUAGCCCUAGAGAAUUCUCAACACGUCCCGAAUUUUGUGGAAUACACUCACAGGGAGAGUUUAGUGCAACAGUUGUGUCUCACCCUGGGACACGUAGCGGCCAGUACUGAGCCUGGUGACCUGCAGAUCCUCUGGCUGGACAUCAAAGACCAUGUGGAGGAGAUCGAAGUCCACAUAAAAAGCUUCCAGGAGCGGGCACUGCCUGAGAAGACUGAUGACUUUGUCAGGGCCAGGGCGAUCCUGAACAACUACUCGCAGACAGUGUCGCUGCACUCUAAUGAGAGGAUUAUCGCUGCGGUCCUGGGAAACUUGUUCAACUGCAGGAAGCAUGAGCUUUUAUGAUGAACACUGUGGGCAAGACUGUGUUUGUGAUUCAGAAUGAAAUAUCGACUUUUAUCAUUUUCAAUGGUUAUGAAUAAUUUUAUUUCAAUUUUCAAUUGAUAUGAAUUUUCUCGUUUCUAAGAGUCUCUAACGUACCCUAUUAUUGAAUUAAUUGAGAUGACACACUUAACCCCAUUAAAUGAUGUAAUUCACAGUUAAAUGAUUGUCUUUUUAUUUCAUUAAUUUUUAAUUUUUUUCAUUGCCAGCUACAUUUGUACAGUUAUAAUGGAUAAACGAUGGAUAAACAGACUAAAGGAUUUUUGAAGAGGGCUUUUUUAUUUGAAAAUUUUGUCAGUAACAAAAAAUGCCUUUUGACAUUUUUCUGUAGAGUCAAUAGUUUUGGAUACAAUUGAGAAAUUGUCAUAUUACUAUUGUAAUAAAACAUUUUUAUUCAAUUGAUUAAAUAAUUAAUGCCAUGUUGUAUUUAACUAUAUUUAAAUAAACAUUGGAAAAUGUUAA